UGAUUGAGUUUGUUUGCUAGUGGGCGAUUUUAACGAUUUUAACAUAUCGAUUUUUUUCGAUUAAUUAAUAAUUUAAUGUCUAUUUUCGGAACUUUCUUUUUUAACGCGGUACCGUGGAUUAUAUUUUAAUUGGAGAGGUGCUCUAAAAAGGUAACGGAUGGGACACGUACGACCAGGAAGCUAGUUUGGAGGCUUUACAGAUAAUAUAUCUUCAAUUUGAACUAAGAAUUGAAAGGAGUAUGAUUUAAAUAACUUGUCAAAGUUUUAAAUCAAUGGAAAACUAAAUUUUAUUGCCAAAAACUCAGACAUGGCAUUCCUUCCUGCUGGUUUAGCAAAUCGAUCCCAGAACGAACGGCCACUGGGAACAAAUAGACACUCAAAUGGAUUCAGUGAAAAAACUGAAUACAAACUCUACGUGUCGAACUUGCCACCCGAACUAAAUGAGGAUGGCAUUCGGCAAAUUUUUAAUUUAUGCGGUGAAGUUACUGGUGUCUUAUCCCCUCGCCAUGCUGGUUGGGCGUAUGUGACAUAUAGAAAUCACCGAGAAGCAGUACUUGCUAUUGGAAAAUUGGAUGACAAAAGUCCUUUACAUUUAAAAGUCGAGUUCUCAAAAGAAAGACAGACAAAAAAUGUUGAGGACUGGAAGAGACGCAAUGUGUUGGAUUCCUCACUUCCAAUCGAAACUACCAAGGCACCUGACUUUAGAGACUCGGGUGGCAUCAAUCAGCUCAACAACGUACCGCAUCGAAAAUUGGAGAUUCCUUUGCCGGAAAGAUUGCGCUCUCGGCACAUGGUUCCUCCAUUUGAUGAACAGGAUGAGAUACUUUAUCCAACAGAACGAGAUCCCCGGACAUUAAACCCAUUUGAAAAUCCGGUACCAUGUCCAGAAACAAACUUACUGUGGACUAGGGGAAAACUUCAAGUUACUGAUGACGGUAGGCGCCACGUUUGCAUGGGUCGCGGAUACACCAUUUACAAGAUCCCGGAACCUUAUCACCCUCGAAUAGAAGAUAGUAUUUCUGCUGUGUAUGAGAGACGUUCAAACGGACUCUACGAGUUUGGAGUUGAUCAACUUAAAAAUGAGGUUGGCAGAUGCGAGUUAUGCGGAACUAUAACUAAAAUGCGUUGCGGCAAAUGCAGCAUUUUCUAUUGCUCUCGGGUUUGCCAAAAAACCGAUUGGGAGAAACACAAGACUGACUGUCAAACGUUAAUGCCCCUGACCGGAGUUCCGAAUCCUAUCUCGCCAACAAUGAACGUCAAGGAUCAGCUGCCAAGAUCUAGCAAUCCUGUGAAGCCUGAAUUAAAAGAAAGAGUGAAUAUCGUGAAUAAAAUGAAGAAAGAGGCUUUCAGUCUAAAACAGCAGGAAGAUAAAGGAAGAGACUCUCCUCUCACAACUCAAAACUCUCGUGCACUGAAUAAUGUUAGUCAACGAAGCAUAAUUAGCAGUCGGACGAACGAUGUCAGAAGACUAGAAUCGUCGAAUGUAGAAUCGUUGAGACAAUCGAAAAAUAAUGUGCCCGACAUUUCGAAACUUCAGCUUAGUUCUCCAGCUAAACAGAUCCCCGAAUUUGAUGUGAACAACGUGAGCCAAGAUAUUCCUCAGAAACAAGAAAAGCCCACUGAAGCAUCACAACAGAACAAAAGCACUGGAUUUCCGAAAUCUUCAAUCGACUAUAGGAAAGUGGAGGAGGAGCUUGCGUUUCAGAAAAAAUCCUUUUUAUCCAAAGAAAAGCUUCCAGCCAGCCGAGAGCAGCCUUUGAAAAUUGUUCCUGAAAAUGUACUUUCUGUAGAUGGUGUUGAGCUGGAAACCGCAAGUGAAAGUGUAAACGGAAACGUCCUGCAACGACUCAUGCCAAUUUCUAAACAGACUCCUGCGGAAGAAGAGAAGACAUGCUUCACAAUGGAAGACUUAGAAACUGCAACUUUGGGAAAAGUAGGAGACACAGUUGAAGCAGUUAUCCUACACACAGAGAACGUGGGCUUCACUUACUUUAUGUGUCCAAUGGACUUUGAAAUGGCCCGUUAUGUCGAAAAUAUUCUGCCUGUUCAAAUUGAAGAAUACGUUGCUAAAACACCGGAACAUUACAUUCCGAGGGAUUUGGAGCUGUGCUUUGCGCCUUAUGAAGGUUCGUGGUAUAGGGGUGUUUGCCUGAAGAGAAACGCCACACCAACAUCGAGCACCAUAUUUUUCGUCGAUUACGGUAACAUCAGUCAGGUUGAGCAUAAAGACUUAAGGCUCAUGACGAAAGACUUCAUGACGCCUCCAGCCCUCGCAUGCCUUUGCGAUGUGCAAAACUUACUCCCAAAAAAAUAUGAGAAGGAUAUACCUAAAAAAGUAGAAGAGCAACUUUUAAAACUACUGGCACCAAGUUUGGUGGUAAAAGUUAAAAUAAUUAGCGAAGAUUUAGAAAACAACUACACAAUAGAACUUCCUGACAUUCGGAAUACUCUUUUAAAAGAGCAACUGAUUUAAGUCCAUCAAAACUACAGCGAGAAGGAAGAUAUCUCUUUAUUUUUUGUACCACUAGAAAGUAAGACUUUUCGAUAAUUAAUGUUUAAUUUAUGGAAUGAUUUUGCUUUUAUUAUAAGGUACAUUUUUUUGACGCGAUACUAUAAAAUAUUCUUCAGUUUAUACUAUUCUUUUUUAAAGAUUGACGUUCAGUCGAUAUUAAGAAAUACUUUAUAUACGUAUGUUAUACAAUAAUGGCUAUCCGGAAAGUUAUAAUAUUUUUCAUCCUCAAAUUUUACCCAAAUAUUAAUGCUUGCCUCAGUGAGGCAAGCUAUUUUUUAAAGUUAUAUUUUUACUUAGUAAUAAUAAAAAGAAAUUUAAAAUAAUAAACCAUCAGCAAGAAUUUUUUGAUAAUGUGGAAAAACAUGUAUAUUUUGAAGCAAUGAAGGACGAAAAGUAGAUUUUGUUUUUGAUCAAUUAAAUUGUGUUCUUUGAGUUAUACAUUUUCCAUGUAAAGUAAUUACAAGAAAAGCUAAAGAAAAAUAUAUAUUGUCAAACUUUUUAAAUUAAAAAUGUUUUUUGAAGUAAACAAACCAUAUUUUAUCACGAUAUAUUUUUAAUAAAAUUAGAAAGUAUCGCAUAGGGCCGAUGGAAAUAAAAUCAUUCAUAUAAAAGUAAUUUUAUAAAGUAGAAUCUAGUAUUAUUUAAGCAAGUUAUAUGUUAUUAUAUCAUUGUUUAAUAAAUGAUAGUUCUGUUAGUGGCCUUUACACAGAGAGAGAAAUUGGCCUCCUAACCUCCCGAGGCUAGUGGCGCUAGUUGCUUAUGGCGCUUGG